CGAUAUCCCAUACAGAAUGGGCUGGAAUGAACCAGUUACUUUGCUGCCGAAUAACGGUCAGUUAUUAUUGUUAAGGCGAAUGCGGUCACACUGCAAGGACAUUUCGAAGUAUAUAUUUUAUGUGUUAUUAAGGUUGUGUUUUCCUGAUAAAUAACUGCAUUGUGAUACUCGCUUGAAUGAUGUGCCACAUAUCAAACUGGACUUCGCUGAAAAUAGUGCUGGCCUUCCUCUCGGUGAACAUCUUUUGGCUCCUGAAGGUGUAUCCUCCGGCAGGAGAUGCUCCGCAGAGUUGUCCGCCCACUCCUCAAAGUCCCGAACCGGUAGAGUGUCCCUAGCAUUCGGAUAUCGCCUAUGCGCUGCUCCAGCCGCUCAACAACAUGGACGGCUUCGUGGUUCCAAACAACUCGGCAUCUCUGGCCUUUGAUAACAUCGACUUGAGCUACGGCCGCUGGGACAACCAGCAGCUGUAUAGGAUCAAGGACUUUGCUCUGUUGGGCGAACAGUACGCGGACCUCGCGGAUGGCAGUUUGGUGUGCCUGGCCACCCAGACUUCAGUGGAGCGCCUCAACUCGCUUCCCCAGGUGGCUGCCAAUUGGCAGGGCAAGAUGUCCGUGGCCCUUUUUGCAGCUGGUCCCGAGGAGUUUGUAGUCCUGCAAUACUUUGUUACCUACAUGCGCCUGUGCUUCGCCAACAUACGCGAGAAUGCCACCUUUCACUUACUCACGCCGAGGGACUUCGACAAGCUGCCCCGCAUGGCCGCCCUUCCACCUAACAUGAAGGGCAAAUUCGACUGCCAGUACCCGGAUAGGACACUCAAGGCCCUGCUCAAGUUCCGCUCCCUGAAGACCCUGCAGUGGCGGCAGAGGAACACCUAUCCCCAGAAUCACAUGAGGAACCUGGCGCGCAAGGGGUGCCAGACGAAGUACGUCUUUCUCACCGACAUCGACAUUGUUCCCAGCACAAACAGUGUGCCCCAGCUGAACCACUUCUUCAGGACAGCCAAUUGCUCCAAGAGCUGUGCCUACGUAAUACCCACAUUUGAAAUAGACGUUAGGGCUACGUUUCCCCGCUCUAAGAAUGCGUUAGUGCGCCUGAUCAGGAAGGGACUAGCUAGACCUUUUCACGAAAAAGUCUUUAUCUACAACCAAUAUGCAACUAAUUUCUCCAAGUGGCUCUCCCCCAACUCAAAUGAGACGGAAGUAUCUGUCAGCCAUAUCGUAACGAACUUUGAAUUCCUCUAUGAACCAUUCUACAUAGCUGUAGACAACGCACCAGCGCACGACGAAAGAUUUCUGGGCUACGGGUUCACCAGGAACUCCCAGGUAUAUGAGAUGCACAUAGCUGGCUACCAGUUCUACGUCCUUUCCCCAGUUUUUACCGGUCAUUGGGGAUUGCAAAGAAAGCAGGCCAGACCUGCUUGGCGGGAGCAACAGAAUAAUGCGAAUCGCCGGAAGUUCGAUGUUUUCAAAAGUGAGAUAUUCGUGCGGUACAAAAACGACCCACGCCUGCUGUUAAAAGCCAAAAAGAAUCAAAUCCUAGUGAAAUAAAUGCAAUAACUAAUAUU